AUGUGGUCAGCAAAAAAGUGUUCUGACAACAACGCCAGCACUCCGUCCGCGGAGGAGGAGAUCAAAGUGGUGCUGGUGGGAGACACCCAGUGCGGGAAGACCUCACUAGUCCAGAGGUUCGUCUCUGACACGUUUAUUGAGGUGUUACUGACCAAAAUCUACCCCGUUACUUCUUCUGCUCGGAGCCAAGCCGUGACAAAGGAGUCUACCCAAAAUACCAGCUGGAAACUAAAAUGUAACUUACAUCCGUAA